AUGGGCUUCUUCCGCUACCUCGAAUACUUCCUCGCCCGCCUCCUCUACUCGCAGAAGGGCCGGGACGCCAAACUCCUGACCCGCUCGGACCUCUUCGCCGACAUCCCCAAGAACAUCCAAGUCACGUCGCCGACGCUGGGCGCCUCGCCUGCGCACCUCACCGUCGAGCACUCUCAACUCGGCGCCUCCAAGUUCCCUGAUUUGUCAUGGUCACUGGACCCCACCGUCAAGAGCGGCAUCGAGCAGGGCGACGUCAAAGAGUGGCUUCUGAUCUGCGAGGACCCGGACGCACCACUGCCCCUCGUGCCGAACCACGGCGUCUACUACGCCAUCCCCGCGACAAAGACGUUCGUCAUUCCCGACGACUUCCAACUGGACAACGCGGCCAAGACCGCCGCCGCCGAGCCGGAGGCGAAAUGGCUUGCUGGCGGUUUCCGACUCGGCAAGAAUCUGCGCGGGACUCUCUACUCCGGACCCCGUCCGCCGGUCGGCCACGGCGAGCACAGGUACUUUUUCCAGGUCGUCGCCUUGAAGGACAACUUGGACACCAAGAAGAUGAAGCCUGUGGCCACCAGGGACGAUUUGGUCCGAGAGAUGCAGGGGAAGAUUUGCGGCUGGGGGGAGUGGAUUGGGAUUUUUGAACAGAAAUGGUAG